GAGAACAAGAUGGAGGAGAGUAGGAGCUGCGGGAGAACAAUGUUUGGGGUUUAAAGAUUCAAAGAAACGAGCGAAAAAAAGACAACAACAACAACGCGCAGCCACUGGCGGCCAUGCACAGUAAAUUCUCUGCUGGCUCCAGUUAGUUUUUUGCCUCCCAUCAUGAGUAUUAUUCAAGACAAACUUGGCAACGAGUUCCUUCGGAACGGCAUCAUGGAGCCUAACUUCCCGCCCAGUAUGAUCAUGUUCAGCCACCUGCCGCCAGUGAACAGCUUCACCCGCAUCGCUGCCCAGUCUGUCAUGCAAGACAUGACUCAGGAUAUGGUCCUCAAGAAAGAGCGCUACUCCCCCAUCGAGAAGACACACGGAGACUUCAUCAACACAGUGGGUAUCAAGCAGGAGAAGAUGACUGAUCAUGACUACAGAGUACCGGUGUAUGGGAGCUGUGGGAAGAAUUCUGAUCUUCUUGAAAUGUCUCUUGGAAACCAAAAUAUGUUAAUACAGGAUCUGAGUAUGAGUAGAGAUUUAUCUGGUAGAUUAGGUAAAGAAUCAAAAGAGUAUUCUGGAAAGAAGGCAAGGAGGUCUAACCCAGACUCCCAGGACACAAAACCAAGGAGAAAACGGGGGGAUUCUACAAAGUCUGCGAUGAUGGAUGGACAUGGUGGGAGCCUUUCUCCAAGUUCAAAACCUCACAUCUGUGAGCACUGUAGCGCUGCAUUUCGAAGCUCCUAUCACUUGCGCAGGCAUGUGCUCAUCCAUACAGGAGAGCGGCCUUUUAGGUGCAGCCAGUGUAAUAUGAGUUUCAUCCAGAAGUACUUGCUACAAAGGCAUGAAAAGAUUCAUAGCGGAGAGAAGCCGUUCUGCUGUGAUCAGUGUAAUAUGAGGUUCAUCCAGAAAUACCAUAUGGAGAGGCACAAGAGGACACACAGUGGAGAAAAGCCAUACAAAUGUGACACCUGCCAACAGUAUUUUUCAAGGACAGAUCGACUGUUAAAGCACAAAAGAACCUGCGGAGAAGCCAUGAAAAAAGGAAUAGAGCCCGGGCCGUCGGAUCAGAGCAGCUAUGAAAUCUCUCAGGGAAACACAAGUGCUUCCGGACGCAAAAAGGGCAAAUCAAAAAACACUUCCAGCGAGCCCAGUGAGCGUAAAAAGAAGAAAAUAAUUGAAGCACAGAUGUCAAGUAACCUUAACAUGCAGGACUAUGCAGUAGAAAUUCCUGUUGUAUCUUCAAGUAACAGUCUGGCAGGCACUAGUAUGCAUAACCUGCAUGCUCGGGCACCUAAAUUAGUCUUCAAAAAGGUCAAUAGGAAAAACUUGGAUAAGAAUGAACUGCCUUUGGGGGCUACUGAAGCUGACAUAUUAGGUCAGAAGGUGCUGUCUGAAAAGCAGAGCUCUUUAGACUUGGACAACAGCACAGGGAUAGACGGCAUGAGCCUCCUUCAGAGUUCUGCUUCCAAACAGGGCCAGACCAGCAGUAACUAUGAUGAUGCCAUGCAGUUUUUAAAGAAACGGAGGUACCUACAGGCCGCAAAUAAUAGCGGGGACUAUGGUGUAAAUGUAGGGCACAUGGCCUCUCAGCAGACGGUUAUUCAAGGUGUUGUAACCAGUGUUAUGGACAGUGAAGCCUCUCUCAAUCUUCUUGACACCUCUCCCAUGAAUGUUGACAUAAAACCUUGCCACGACAAGUCUGGAAUACCUGAUGAAGUGUUGCAAAGUCUUCUUGACCACUAUUCCCAAAAAUCUGAUGGCCAGCAUGAGGUUCCUUUUGAUAUAACUGAUCAGCACGUAGAGAUGCACUCCUCUGGGGACAACCCUGAGAUUGGCCAGGAGGAGAAUGUGUGCUCAGAUUCGCCGUCCUCGUCAGGAGACAAAGCCGUCAUCAUGCACGAAUAUUCAAAAUUCCUCCUCCAAGCUUUAGAACGAACAAGCCACAGCAGUACCUUCCCUUUAGGUUCUGGUGGACCUUUCACCAAUCUGUCAUCCACCCACCCCAGCAAUACCUUGUUUUCUGAGAAGAACGUGUACACUACACCCUCUCUCGAGUGUGGCUUCAGCCAAUCCGUUACCUCAGUAUUACCUGCCCCGUUGCCAAAGUCCCAUUUUGGAAUGCUGGUUGGGUCUUCCCAGCCCAACUUCCACUUGAGCAGCAUGGAGACAACCCAUCAACAGCUGACCCCUUCACAGGAGCUCACAGACCAGAUCGAACAACAGCAGAAGAACCUCGAACCCUCAUCGAACUACCCGAUCACACCUCAGGAGCUGAGUGGCCAGAAAGAUCAAUCAAAAAACACUCCGUCCAGCUACCAGAUACCUUCUCAGGUGCUGUCCUCCAAAAGCGUUGACCUGCGAGCGCCGUACCAGAUUGAGAACUUUGCUCAGGCUUUUGGUUCUCAGUUCAAGUCAGGUAGCAGAGUGCCGUCAGCCUUUAACAGUAACUCUAGUGGUGAAGUUGACCGUAGAAUAAGGACUCCAGUGACAGAAUUCUCAGGGUACACUAGUUUGUUGUCUGAUGUUAAUGAGCCAGUUAGUACAAGAGCAAAGACCACAACGAGCCAAAGUUACAGGUAAGGUCCUAGGCGUGACCUAGUUGGAGGUUUUUGAAUUAUGAUUAUUUUUAAUUACACUGCCAUUAUAAUGUUUCUACAAAGUCAUACCAGGAAUGGUAUAUGUGACAUCCUUCCAAUGCAUUAUUUUUUUCAUAUAUAGUCAUUGUUAGUGUCAUAAUGUUAGGUCAGAUCGUAUAGUUAAUUUUAAGCAAAAUAGGCUAGCUGAAUACUGGCUUAAUUCAAUGAACCUAUGUUUUAGCAAUCAACUUGUUUUACAAUUGUAAAAAAAAAAAAAAAAAAAAAAAAAAAAAA